AUGCCAGAAGAAGUAGAGAAGAAGGUUUUGGAAGAAACUAAGGAUGAGAAUGCCGAAAAGAGAAAGGUAGAAGAUGCUGAACCUUCUACUGAACCAGAUGCGAAAAAGCCGAAGACUGAGGAAAAGAAGAAGAAGAAGAAGAGACACGACCGGUAUGCCGAUUUGGAGGAACCCAAGACUGAUUCUGACGAAUCCGAUGAUGAGAAAGAAGAAAUUGACGACGAGAAGUUGAUUGUAGAAGAUGAGGAGGAAGACGACUUACAAGAAAUUGAUGCCUCGAACAUCAUCAGUGGUGGCAGAAGAACCAGGGGUAAAGUCAUAGACUACUCCAAGGUUGAGCAGGAUAUCCAAAAGGAAAGCGAAACCAAUUCUGCUGAGGGUGACGACGAUGAAGGUGAAGAUGAAGAUGAAGACUUCAAAGAAAAGGAAGAAAAAGACGAAAAAGAAAAGGUAAACAACCCUUAG